GAUUUGAUAGAGUGCUGCUUUCUCGAGCUUUGAGCACACCAGAUACUAUUUUUUCGACCCAAGGUUAAUUACCUAGAGAGCAAUAACUUGUUUGACAAUCAACUCUUUACUAGAUCCUAGAACUUAAUUAUCCUUGGAUGUCUAGUUGGACUCCACUAACCAUAAUUAAGAUCUACCUCCACUAGUAAAAUGGCCACAAUAUGAGCCAGGUAUUCAAAACCUAAGUCCAUAACUAAAAUCUUCGGUGUUUGAGCGAUAUUAUGCGUGGUGAAACGUGAACCACCAGGAACAAGGCACUUCCUAUGUUUGAGCUUUGUCAGUAGCCAGCGUUCCCAUAAGGCAAUAAAGCAAGGCACCUUUGUGCCUUUACUACUCUCUUCCUUUAUUGCUGUAAGAAGAGGUACUGAAAAACACAGCAAACAGCCGCCUUCUCACGAGAUUCUACCUCUCUAAACCGCCUUUCUUUGGACCUCGUCACAGUCGUCUGACAUCUCCUCUUCCUCUGUCUCUCCUGCCCUUUUUCUCAGCUGUACUUGAAAAAUCUCCCCAGGUCAAAACUCACUGUGAAAACUCGCUUGUAAGUAACAUAGAUCAUAUAUGUAGGACUUCUGUCUCUGUUUUUUGGAAACUCAAAAGAAGAAAGAACAGAAACUCCCUCAACCCCACGUGUGGUUUAAGGAAAAAAAGGCUCAUAAUCAUGUGUUUCAGAGCUCAAAUCAGCCAAAACUGAAGUGCCCGUUUGAGGAUACCAUCCAAGUAACAUGAUUGUCAGAUCUCCAAGUCAUCAAAAGACAUAAAAAACGAGAGGGAUCAAUAAUAGCAUGAAGCAGAGGUUUUCAGAAAGUAUGAUCUGGUGGCCAUUCAUGAAGUUACCAGCUAGAUCGUCUGCUGUCAUCUUCCUCCUUCUCUUCCUCCUCGUCGGGGCGUUGGUCUGCACGCGUCUCCUCGACUCCACUGUUAUUGGUGGCAGCACGGUCGUGAAAACAUUUUUGACUGUCAAAAUCCCUAAAAUACCCCGAAACAAAACCGAGUACCCGGUCAACUGCACCGCCUUCAACCCCACACGAAAAUGCCCCACGAAUUACCCGACGAACACUCAAGAAGGUCCAGACCGUCCAUCACUCUCCACGUGUCCCGAGCACUUCCGAUGGAUCCACGAAGACUUACGUCCAUGGGCCCACACGGGAAUCUCAAGAGACAUGGUAGAAAGGGCUAAAAGAACAGCGAAUUUUAGACUGGUCAUUGUGAAUGGCAAAGCAUACAUGGAAAGAUAUAGAAAGUCUUUUCAGACAAGAGAUACUUUUACAGUGUGGGGAAUUGUACAGUUACUGAGGAAGUACCCCGGGAAAUUGCCUGAUUUGGAUAUGAUGUUUGAUUGUGUUGACUGGCCUGUUGUUCGAUCAAGCGAUUAUAGUGGGCCCAAUGCCACGUCCCCACCUGCUUUGUUUCGGUAUUGUGGUGAUGAUGAUUCCCUCGAUGUUGUUUUUCCUGAUUGGUCCUUCUGGGGAUGGCCAGAGAUUAAUAUAAAGCCAUGGGAGUCUUUGUCGAAUGACUUGAAAGCAGGAAACAAGAUCACCAAAUGGAUGGAAAGGGAGCCUUACGCUUAUUGGAAAGGAAAUCCGUCUGUGGCUGCAACAAGGCAAGACCUUAUGAAAUGCCAUGCAUCUGAAACGCAAGACUGGAAUGCUCGCGUCUAUGCUCAGGACUGGAUUAAAGAAUCACAGCAAGGAUACCAGCAAUCAAACUUGGCAAACCAAUGCGUUCACAAGUAUAAAAUCUACAUUGAAGGGUCUGCGUGGUCAGUCAGUGAAAAAUACAUUCUUGCCUGUGACUCUGUUACCUUACUGGUGAAACCCCAUUACUAUGAUUUCUUCACAAGAAGUUUGGUGCCGAAUCGGCACUACUGGCCUAUUAAGGAGGAUGACAAGUGCAGAUCCAUUAAGUUUGCUGUUGAAUGGGGCAACAACCAUAGUGAAGAGGCACAGGCAAUGGGAAAAGCGGCAAGUGAAUUCAUUCAAGAGAACUUGAAGAUGGAUUAUGUCUAUGACUACAUGUUUCAUCUCUUAAAUGAGUAUGCUAAACUCUUAACCUUCAAGCCUACUAUACCUGGAAGAGCUAUUGAACUAUGUGCAGAAGCAAUGGCUUGCCCAGCAAAUGGUCUAGAGAAGAAGUUUAUGAUGGACUCCAUGGUGAUGAGUCCUGCGGACACAAGUCCAUGCACCAUGCCUCCUCCCUAUGAUCCUCCAUCUCUCCAUUCCAUUUUUCAAAGAAAUGACAAUUCUAUAAAACAAGUCGAGUCUUGGGAGAAGGAAUACUGGGAUAAUCAAAUUAAGCAGUCUUAGCUACCACUAUAUAGUCUUGAUAUUUAUCUUUCAAUCCACAUAAAUAAAUGUAUAGUCUUGAAUAACUGUUCUUUGCAUUUUUGUCACUAUGAGACGGAUAAACAUCUUUUGAUGAUAAUGUUUGCCGAGAACGAAUUCUAUAAAAUAAACAUCUUUUAUCAAGACAGUACCUUAGGCUGCUUAUAUUUU